AUGCCGCCAGACCACGCCGGCGCCGGCGUCAGCCUGUCACCGGAUAUGCUGGCCAACAUCCACGGCCGCCUGGGCUUUCCCCGACCGCCUCGCCUUCGCCGCGGUCUUCCGCGCCUCGCGCCACGCCUUCAGGCCGGAGGCGCCGUGCCUCCUCCUACCAGGCCGGACGCCGGAGACCGCCACACUCUUCUCCAUCGCCGACCGCCGCCGUGCGCGCCCCGAGCCCAUGCCUUCAUUGGCUCCUCUUGCGGGUGGCUCGUAACCGCUGACGCCGACGCCGCUCUGCGCCUCGUCAACCCAGUGACUGGCGAGCAGCGCGCGCUCCCGGCCAUCACCACCAUCCCCUGCGUCCACGCGCUCCACGAGGGCUCCUACUUGGCCUUCCCGCUGAUGCGGGGCUUCCUCUACCGCAAGGUCGUCCUCGCCCCCGCCGCCGCCGCGGCCAUGCUGGUCACUGGCGCGUGCUUGGGCGUGCCGGCCUUGGCGACGACGGAGGACGCCACGUGGAGGCUGGCUCCCUCGCGGGACGGCGUGGAGGACGCCAUCCACCACGAGGGCAGGUUCUACUCCCUCGGGUACUCCGGCGCCGUGGAGGCGUGGGAGCGCGACCCCGGCACCGGCGAGUUCGGCAGCACGGCCGUCACACCAAUGCUGGACGACGACGAGGCCGGCCAGCCGUGGCGCCGACGCAGGUACCUCGUGGCGGGGCCGGGCGGGCGGUUAAUGGUGGUGCUCAAGGAAUUCAAGCAGACGACGGGCUGGUGUGGCCAGCGCCGGCGGACAUGGUCCUUCAAGGUGUAUGUGCUCGACGGAGCCCAGUGGAAGGAGACGGAGGACAUCGGAGACGCCGCGUUGUUCGUGGGGGCGAACGAGUCCCUGUGUGUGUCCACCAGGGCGCGCCCGGAGCUCAGGGCCGGCUGCGUCUACUACACCGACGACGACGAUCUGGAGCCGAGCAAGGACGACGACGACCAACAGCUUGCUGUCGGGGUGUUGAGCCUCAAGGACGGCACGGUGAAGAAGGUGUGGGGGCUGGUGGGGCGGCACCGGAGCUGGCCGCAGCCUUCCGCUUCCAUCCCAUCCCCAUGA